AAAGCGAGCAAAAAGCUGGUCAUGCAGAUGCAUGAGGACAGUGGAAGUAAUUUCCUUAAUCUUGCUGCUGCAUUGAAGAUCAUCCUUGGUCAAACCGUCAAGGAUGCUGAUAUUCCACAAGUAAAACACAUCCUUCAUGAAUAUUUGAUUAAGUUCAUCAAGAUUCAUCCAAAAGAUGUGAAGCUGACACACCAUUUGGUGACACAUAUAUUUGAUCAACUGCAUGAUUAUGGGCCAGUGUACAGAUUCUGGACAUUCCUGUUUGAAAGGCUCAACAAACUACUCAAGAGCUACUCUACAAACAACCAUGGCACAGGAGAACUUGAGGUCAGCUUCUUCCAUACAUUUGAGAAGGAUCAAGAGCUUCAAAUGAUGGUCUGUAUUGUCCAAAUUGUCAAUGAAUCAAACUCACGUUAUGUCUCUAGCUUGGUAACAUAUUAG